CACUCACUCACUCACCCUCAGCAGCAUCAGCAGCAGCAUCCAUCCAAACCGAGCAACAUCAUGGCAACCACCACUUGUACGCGCUUUACAGAUGAGUACCAGCUGUACGAGGAGCUUGGCAAGGGGGCCUUCUCUGUGGUGCGCCGCUGUGUCAAACUCUGCACGGGCCAAGAGUACGCCGCCAAAAUCAUCAACACCAAAAAGCUCUCUGCCAGAGACCAUCAGAAGCUGGAGAGAGAGGCCCGGAUCUGCAGAUUGCUCAAACAUCCCAACAUCGUCCGUCUUCAUGACAGUAUUUCAGAGGAAGGCUUCCAUUACCUCAUCUUUGACCUGGUGACAGGAGGGGAACUCUUUGAAGACAUCGUGGCAAGGGAGUACUACAGCGAAGCAGACGCCAGUCAUUGCAUCCAGCAGAUCCUGGAGGCCGUACUCCACUGCCAUCAGAUGGGGGUGGUACACAGAGACCUUAAGCCGGAGAACCUGCUGCUGGCCAGCAAGUGUAAGAACGCAGCUGUGAAACUGGCCGACUUUGGACUGGCUAUUGAGGUUCAAGGAGAGCAGCAGGCUUGGUUUGGCUUUGCAGGAACUCCUGGUUAUUUGUCUCCAGAGGUACUGAGGAAGGAGGCGUACGGUAAACCUGUAGACAUCUGGGCAUGUGGUGUGAUCCUUUACAUUCUUCUGGUCGGGUACCCUCCGUUCUGGGACGAGGACCAGCACAAGCUCUACCAGCAGAUCAAAGCUGGAGCUUACGAUUUUCCCUCUCCAGAGUGGGACACCGUGACUCCUGAGGCUAAAAAUCUGAUCAACCAGAUGCUGACGAUCAACCCUGCUAAGAGAAUCACUGCCCAGGAGGCUCUGAAGCACCCAUGGGUCUGCCAACGCUCCACUGUGGCCUCCAUGAUGCACAGACAGGAGACGGUCGAGUGCCUGAAGAAGUUUAACGCCAGGCGGAAACUUAAGGGUUGUAUUCUCUCUCUCUGCUGUGUUUCAGUGGGUCGACAGACCACGGCCCCGGCUGCUGUCAGCGGGGUGGGAGGAACAACCGCCGGCAUCGUGGAACAAGCAGCCAAGAGUCUCCUCAACAAGAAGGCGGAUGUCAAACCCCAGACAAACAGCACGAGAAACAGCAUAGUCACCAGUCCCAAAGGAAACAUCCCUUCGGCUGCACUGGAGCCACAGACUACUGUUAUCCAUAAUCCAGUAGAUGGAAUCAAGGGAUCCUCCGACAGCAGUAACACCACCAUUGAGGAUGAGGAUGUAAAAGCUCGCAAACAGGAGAUCAUAAAGAUCACGGAGCAGCUUAUCGAAGCCGUCAACAACGGAGACUUUGAGGCCUAUGCGAAGAUCUGUGACCCUGGCCUUACCUCAUUUGAGCCUGAGGGGCUUGGAAAUCUGGUAGAGGGGAUGGACUUCCACAGAUUUUACUUCGACAAUCUCCUUUCUAAAAACAGCAAACCCAUCCACACCACCAUCCUCAACCCGCACGUGCACAUGAUCGGAGAGGACGCGGCCUGCAUCGCCUACAUCCGCCUGACGCAGUUUGUGGACAGCCAGGGCCGUCCCCGCUCCAGCCAAUCAGAGGAGACCAGAGUAUGGCACCGCCGGGACAGCAGGUGGCAGAACGUGCACUUCCACUGCUCGGGAGCCCCUGCUGCGCCGCUGCAGGGAUGAGCCACCCAGAGGAGACAGAAUGGAGUCAACGAUCCGAGAAAAGGCUUCAGCUCUGAGAGAGAUUUGCAGGUGGAUGGGGGGUGGAUUUGAGGAUUUUUGGGACUGGGCGGGUCGUCCUCCUGCACUCUGCACACCCACCUUGUGCUUCUCUCUCUGCAAACCAUUGCAGACAGUUAGGGCAACUCCUAACUCCCCCAACCUACAGCAGCAGUGCAAUAGCAGCUGUGACCAGGAAGCUCUUUACGCCUGCGUCUCCUCUCCAGCUGGCCUGCAUGCGGCCAAACACCCGGACUAUCCUUAUCCUGUCCCCCCGACACGCGGCGCCCUCCUGUUGAUGCUUUUCCUCCUAUAUUAUAAAGUUAUGGUUCUAGAUGUUAUUAUGGCUGCAGUCUCUUGUUGUGCUCUUUCUACUGUACAGUAUAUUUAUUACCUGUUUGAAUCCCUCUCUUUCUUCUUUUUUAUGAAAAGCAUGACUCCUACCUGUACUCUUACUAUUAUGGCGGUUGGUUUUUUUCUCUGCACGACAAAAGCUGCCUGCGUGAAGCGAACAAACAGAACCACAUCUCUUACAUAGAGAGAAACAUGUGGGUGUAUUUAACUAUGUGUUUUGUUACUUCUUUGUUGUUUUUAUCCUCCCUUUUAUUCUCUCUGGAGUGUUGUUGACCCCUGAACCGACGCCUCCGUGUAUUAUCUGAACCCCACCUAGCUGCUCUGUGAGACAGUGAAAAAAACCAUGCAGCAUGCUACGAUAUUCCUGUUGUUCUUAGCGGUUGGAGUUUACACCCUCCUGCUGUAUAUGUAUAUUUCCAGUUUCAUUGUGGCAGUAUUUACUUGCAUGAGUUAAUGCAUCAAUUAAUUCAAUGUUGCUGUGCAUUUUACUGAAUUCCUCCUCUAUCGGGCUGAACUGCUGGUGAGCUUCAAUCUGUUUCCUGGGUUGAGUUGAUGCAGAUUAUGUUAUAAAUUCAGUAUGAAAUAUGGAUGUAAGCUUUUAUGACUAUUUCCUUGUCUCCUGAACAGAGUAAGAAUGGCUAUUUACUGUUUAUCAAGCAAAAAUGAAAAUAAA